AUGUUGCAGGCUGAGAUCAACGAGAAUUGCAACUGCAAUGCCAUAGAAUUUCCCAUAAUAAACAACAGCCUGCCAUUCUGCAUGUCGAUGGUGGAUUUCGUGAAGGAGAACCGGUGUGUCUACGAGAAAAUGGUGAAACAGGCAGAAAUGCGCAACGCCACUGGACCGAGUGAAGAGUUUCUCACCUGUGAGGCGCAACUCAACAUGGCUCGAGAUCGCAUUCUCUGCAAAGCUCUCGUCAUGCAAGAAUUCCAGGGCGAUGUAGUGCCGACAUGUACAUUGCCCUGCGCCUUCUACUCCUACGAGACGGACCGUUCCACAUCAACGUGGCCAACGAAGUCCUGGCAGCUCACGUGGCUAAGCACUGACGUUGGGCGCACCAUACUGGAGAUGCCCGAAAUGGUCGAAUAUCGUCGCGCGGUGGAAUUGCUCAGCCAACCCGAUGGCGAUACUGGAGCCAACAAACGUGAGGUGCUGAGAAUCCUCGAGCAAAACAACGCCGUUGAACGAAACCUUCUUGCUAUCAUCGUGGUUAGAUCCAAUUUCAACCUGCACAAGGUUGCCGAGAAAGAAGUCUUUUCAUUGACGAGUUUCCUCUCCCAAACCGGUGGUCUACUAUCAAUUUGGAUUGGUCUGACAAUGAUUUGCGUGGUGGAGGUACUCGAAUUGAUCAUAAACUGCGUCUUUGUUUACAAAGCUAAGAAGAAUAGUGAAUUCAACCAAAGUGAGUCCCCGAUGCCGCCAACAGCACAAACAAAGCGUAAAAGCCCCAGGCGAGGUAGUGAUAAGGUACGAAACAGCCAGAAGGAAGACGAAAUUGAUGUCGGUUACGUUGCCCUCCCCAUUUCCGAGGGGAUCGAUAUUACCAACUGA